AUGACUGAAUUUAAAAGAGACAUAGUACGAGAGCUUCAUGCACCAGCUCGCCGAAAUUUUCCAAGACGUAAAGUUGAUAUUCGAGAUAAGGAUGAAACUUGGCAAGCUGAUCUUGUUGACAUGAUUGAACACUCAUCUUUCAGUUGGGCUGUUGAACUCAAAAGCAAGACUGGAAAAGAAGUAUCAGCUGCAAUGGAAUCAAUAUUUAAAAAAGGACGAGUUUCAUCAAUAGUUGAAAGAUUUAAUAGAACAAUUAAAAAUAAAUUGUACUUUGAAUUCAGUUUACAAGGUACUUAUAAAUGGGUUAAAAUAUUACCAAAAUUAAUUGAACAAUAUAAUAAUACAAAACAUCGUACAAUCAAAAUGGCACCAGCAAAAGUUGUUGAAAAAUGA